AUGAAUUCCCUACCUCCCAUCGCUGGACUUCCCUCCCUGUCCACUAUUGAACGAUCCAGUGUCCUCGACACUUUAUUCGAGCCAUGCAUUGCUCUUCAUACACUCUCUGUGGAUCUACUUCAUACCACGACAUUUGAAUCUUACCAUGAUCUUAUCACAAGUGUCGGUGUUCAACUCAUUGAAUUAUCAGAAAGUACAUUACCAAGUGAUAAAGAGUGGCUAGACAAGAUUCUUGGUUCUCAUCCUAGACUAGGCGAGAAGAAAGUAGAUAGUCUACAAUCAAAGGCUGAACAAGCUCAAUUGAAUACUGGACCUACUGAAGAAGCCGAGAAGUUAAAGGGUCUUAAUGAGGAAUAUGAGAGGACUUUUCCAGGUUUACGAUAUGUUGUUUUCGUGAAUGGGAGAUCGAGACCUGCGAUUUUUGAAGAUAUGAGAAGAAGAAUAUCCAGGGGAGAUAUUGGACUUGAGAGAAAGGAGGCUAUUCAGGCAAUGUGUGAUAUUGCAGCAGAUCGCGCCUCAAAACUCCAUACUUUAAAAGCAGUAUGA